CCUGUCGCUAACUUUUCUACGGUUGGGACUUGUCACGGUCGGACGGCCGUCGCUUCCCUACACUCCAGUACAGUAUACCAUGUCCUUUCUUGCCACUGCCUCAACUCGUUCUCUGUUUAGGUCCCAGCUACUGCAAACGGCACGUCGUCCGUAUGCAACGGCUCCAGAGGCAGCCAAAAAGUCCAACUUGCCCUUCUAUCUCCUUGGCGCGGGAACGGUAGGAGUUGGUACUUAUGUAUAUCUUGAAUCGUCCGCGAAACCAAAACAAGAAAAGAGCCCUUUGAAUCCAGAGAAAUUCAUCGAUUUCAAGCUGAAAAAGGUCAUUCCGUACAACCACAAUACAUCCGAGUUCAUUUUUGAACUACCCAAUAACGAGGCCUCGUUGCUACCCGUUGCUUCCUGUCUUGUGGUCAAGUCGUCUGACCCAGAGGCUCUCAAAGACGCCAACGGCAAGCCUAUCAUUCGCCCUUAUACUCCCAUCUCUCCCCCGGACAAAGCCGGAGAGUUGACACUUCUUGUCAAGAAGUAUGAACAAGGAAAUGCUUCAAAGCAUAUCCACUCCCUCAAGGAAGGCGAUACACUGGCCAUUAAAGGUCCAAUCCCAAAGUGGCCAUGGAAAAUGAAUGAACUCGACGAAGUCGCAUUGAUCGGGGGUGGAAGUGGGAUCACUCCACUCUACCAAGUCGUUAGCCAUGCUCUAGCCGACAGUUCCAACACCACCAAAUUUACUCUACUCUUCUCCAACGUCACUGAAGCUGAUAUUCUUCUCCGAUCUGAGCUCGAUGCCCUCAAGAAGAAACACCCGAACAAGUUUGAUGUUGUAUACAUCCUUGAUAAACCCCCUCAAGGAUGGGAGGGACCGUCUGGAUUCAUUGGCAAGGAGCUUUUGCAAAAGCACGUCGCACCUCCUAGCUUGAAGGAGAAGGUCAAGGUGUUCAUAUGUGGACCUCCUCCUCAAGUCGCUUCUCUAGCUGGAAAGAAGGAUGGAAUGAAACAGGGAGAGCUUGCUGGUCAACUGAAGGACCUUGGUUACACCGAGGACCAGGUAUAUAAAUUCUAAAGCAUAGCGAGUACACAUUUUUGAAGAAUUGCAAGUUAUUCAAUGAACCACCGCGCCGAUGCAUCACAUCCA